GGCAGCUUGGCAGAUGGCAGAUGUUUAAUGGCGACCGCUAGUGACGGGUCGCCUGCAUGACCUGUCAUCCACGAACUAUUUACCGUAGAACCUUAGGGCAUUUGUUUACGUAAAUAUGACGGGCAUAUUACCAUCGUACCAACGCUUUGUUAACGGAGUUCCAGUGCCGUCCAUAUCUCGGCGGUCGUUCCGCCUUCGGGAGAAAUAUUUGAUUGUUUCUGUACUUUUGACAUUCGGAAUCGUGUGGCUAGGAGCGCUGUUUUAUUUGCCGGAGUUCAAAAGUUCCACGAGUGUGAACGAUAGUGUGUAUAAUGUGUACAAACGUAUUCAGAAAGCGGGGCCGGAGCUGCUGAUGCCGCCUCCACUGGCGCAGAAUGAGUUGGGAGACUUUCCUGCGGCUGCUCACCACGGGGAGUCGGUGGACGGGGUAGAUCCUCACGUGGCUGAGGACAGGAACCGUCUGCGUGCUAAGAUAGAGGAGGACAUGGGCAUGAAAGUGCUGGAGAGGCCUCAGUUUGAGGCUGUACCCUCGGCCUCCUCAUCUAAAGGCACAAGUAAGAGGCCAGUGGAUGCUCUUGAGGAGCCUGCUGCAGGAAAUAAUGCUGCAAGCAAAAAUGUGUCCCCGUCUGAGCCUAAAUUGGAAGGCUCUGAGAACCAGUAUGCAGUUGUGGCGCUAAGUUCAAAUGCUGAUCCGGACGUCAAGCAUAAACUAGGAGUUGUUAAAGAGAUGAUGCGACAUGCGUGGAACAACUACAAGCUCUACGCGUGGGGCAAAAACGAGCUGAAACCGAUCUCCAAACGCGCCCACCUCUCCAGCGUGUUUGGUAACGGCGAACUAGGCGCCACCAUCGUCGACGGACUCGACACAUUAUACCUCAUGGGGCUGAGGGACGAGUUCCGAGAGGGCCGGGAGUGGGUUGCGGAACAUCUACAUAUUGGAGAAGUCGAUUCCGAGCUGUCGGUGUUCGAGACGAACAUCCGCUUCGUCGGCGGUCUGUUGUCCUGCUACUCAUUAACUGGCGACAGCAUCUUCAAGGAUAAGGCUGUAGAGAUCGCCGACGCGCUGUUGCCAGCUUUCGAGACCCCUACCGGCCUGCCGUAUGCUCUCAUCAAUCCCUCCACUAAGGCGAGCCGGCAGUACCACUGGGCGGGACCUAACAGCAUUCUGUCGGAGAUCGGUACCCUUGAUCUUGAAUUCAAGUAUUUGAGCGACAUCACAGGAAAAGAUGUAUACAGAAAAAAGGUGGAGCGCAUCCGGGACGUGCUAAACAACAUCGAGAAGCCGAGCGGACUGUACCCUAACUUCGUCAACCCCCGCACCGGGCAGUGGGGACAGAGGCACAUGUCCCUGGGAGCGCUCGGCGACUCCUUCUACGAGUACCUCCUGAAGGCGUGGCUGAUGUCCGGUCAGACGGACGAGCAGGCCCGCGCCAUGUUCGACGAAGCCAUGCCAGCAGCCUUGGACAAGAUGUUGCGGGUGUCGCCCUCUGGGCUCUCGUAUCUGGCUGAGAUGAAGUAUGGAAGAAUAUUGGAAGAGAAGAUGGAUCACUUGUCGUGCUUCGCAGGUGGAAUGUUCGGAUUAGCUUCCACGACAUUGGAGAACACGUUGUCAGAACGGUACAUGGACGUGGCCAAGAAGCUGACACACACCUGCCACGAGAGCUACGCUCGCUCCGAGACUAAAUUAGGCCCGGAAGCCUUCAGAUUUUCAGGCGCAGUUGAAGCGAGAGCGCAAAAGAGCAACGAGAAAGUAUACUUACUACGUCCGGAGACCUUCGAGAGCUACUUCAUCAUGUGGCGCCUCACCAAAGACCAGAAAUACCGAGAUUGGGGUUGGGAGGCUGUGCAGGCGUUGGAGAAGCACUGCCGCGUGGAAGGCGGGUACACGGGUCUGGUGAACGUGUACCACAGCAAGCCGCAGGGCGACGACGUGCAACAGAGCUUCUUCCUCGCCGAGACGCUCAAGUACCUGUACCUGCUGUUCGCGGACGACUCGCUGGUCCCGCUGGACGAGUGGGUGUUCAACACGGAGGCGCACCCGCUACCCGUGCGGAGCAGGAACCCGCUGUACCGCGCCGUGCAGCCCGGCGAGCCCGCCAUGGACAACCAAGUCUAACUUACGGUGCACCCUGGCUGUCUAAUACUUACGGUAGGGGGCGUAAGGGAGGCUUGAAACAUUUUUAAAAAAAGUGACAACUUCAAGAUUUUUUUGAAGUAAAACUUCUUUAGGCGCGACUAGAGGCACGGGUGCGAAUCUCCUCGCUUCGGGCAAACUCGGCUCCGCAUUGCUCCGAGCAAUUAUUAGGGUUGGCACAACUUGACGUCCCUUUGCGUGCACGACCACAGAUAAGAUAAGGACUUGAAUUUCGACAACCCUAAAUAACCGAAAGGGAUAGUGAUAGUGCCAUAUAUUAGAAAGGGAUAGCAUGAUUCGACCCUGAUUCGAUUUCCUUUCUGUACGGUAGUACUAUUAUUUAUUCUGUGCUAGAGGGCAACUGUUUUUUUUUCUGACGGAAGUAACGCUCAGUAGUGACACCCGCACAAUAGGAAAGUGCCAACAUAGCGAUAAACGUCAUCGUGAAAGAAGUUUUACUUCAAUCGCGCGUAAGAAUUACACGCACACCCUUUUUUUGGCAUGCAUGCCUGAAUACCGAAUAGAUAUCGUAAAAAAUAUAUUUUGAUCUUGACACUUUUUCUACUAAAAUGUUUAAAGUGUCCGACUCGGUAGAUCCCCUUCUAUAGGGGUCGGCAAACGUUUGAGAAGAAGACCCAACCGCAGUAGAAAUCACUAGUUUUAGGAAUCUCAAAGAGCCGCAAUCGUUGUUUUCCUUGGACUGGGAACUCCAAGUGUUAAUACUUUGAGUGACGUGAAGAGCCGCAAUUGUAGCUCCAAAAAGCCGCGGUUUGCCGCCCCCUGCCCUACUAAAUUGACUGUUCUACUAACAACAGCAUCAUGACUGAUCAUCGGUGAACCUUAUGUAUUUGAAAUAAGGUUUACGAAUGGUCAGUUAUCGAGAUGCAUGUUGUUACAGUUGAAUCACGAGUGGAAUGAACGAAAUUUUUAAAUGUAGUAAUUUUUUUUUUCGUGGUUUCGAAACAUACAUACGACCCAGUGUGAUUGAGCCAUAUAUAUUACCAGAAUAAAGGCCACAUCUACUGUAAGGUAUGUUAAUGUUCUUUAAGUUCCGCUCUCCUUCUAAAUUGGAGAUAAAAACAUACGCAGUUCAAUAACUAUUAGAAAAAUCGUAAUUGAUUUACGAAAAGUCGCGUAAGAAUCGACGCAUACUGCGCAAUCGGCAAGAUGCUUUUGGAGGCGAAAAAUAAUGAAACUUAUUGUUAUGGUAUUACAGCUGCAAUUUCAAUGAAAAAAAUUAAAUUGCGUUUGAGUAAAUACAUCAUUAAGAUUUUUUAUUGUUGUUGGUUACUGCAAACUGCAAAAAAGUUGCACCCGAAUUUUUGGUACAGGGUGAUAAUUUUCUGUUUCUAAUUUUGUUUAUUAUACUCUGGCACACACAAUUUGUCAGUUUAAAAAGGCGCGUAAUUCAAUUGUUUUCUGUGGCGACAACCCUAUACGCCUACAUUUUUUUAAUUUGCCGCCUUCUACUGACAAACUGGGUGUGCCAGAGGAUAAAUUUCAAAUUAAAAAAUAAAAGUGUUUAGAAAUGCUUCGAAAACAAAGUGAAAAUUUAAUUAUACCUAAAUUAUUAUUAUAUGUCCACUGCCUAAUCGAAGAAUGAAAACGACGAAUUGUAAUCGUAGGGCACGAAUUUUUGUAAUUUUUUCUUAAAAUUCUUAAUAAUCGUGCUUAAUGUACCAAGAUAAUGUGACCAAAAGAUUUACUCUUUUAGAAAACGCUAUAGGUAAUUUCUUCCCUACUGUGGGUUAGUGAUUAAAAUCAGAUUAACUUUAGUGUCAUUUCAAUGUAAUGACAACUGUCAGUUUUAUUAAUUUAUAAAGUUGAAACUUCUUUCCAUAUUUUCACUUCUCAAUUUUUAUUUCCUCUAGCUAGAUAGCCGUUUUAUAAAUGUCUUGGUUAAUAGUCCGUUUAAGUUAACUCUGCACCGCCUGUACAAAGUGUGGACAUGUCAUUAUAAACGAUAAAUUUUCAU